AUGGCUAGCCGUGUGAGCUUGGUUGGGUUAUUGAUUGUUGCACUGACAUUGCCAGAGAUUGCAAAUGCAGCAGAAUAUCAGGUUGGAGAUAGCUUUGGCUUGGCUUUUCCACCCUCCACCGACUUCUAUGCUAACUGGGCUAGCAACAAAACUUUUCAGGCUGGAGACUCAGUAGUAUUCAACCGGAACGGGACACAUACCGCGACAAGAGUGUCAAAAGAAGACUACGAUGCCUGCAAUACUACAGGAGGAACAAUUCUAGUAACCAGCGGAGUGGAUGUACGUUUGGAUGUAAACGGUACCUAUUACUUCAUCUGCUCGGUUGGAACGCACUGUCAACAAGGCAUCAAGGUAGCUUUCGUGGUCGGAGAUGGAGAAUUUGAUGAUUUGGACAGAGGCUCUGCUCCUUCUCUAACCGUUGGUGGCACUAUAUCUGCGAUUCUCGCCACCUUAAUGAUCUGUUUCUUUGAGUGA